GUCGCCGGACGGCACGAGAUGGCUCGCAAGCGGUCCUGCAUGGUCGGCGAGGCCGUGCUGCCCGACACCGCCCUCAUGAAUCACAGCGCGGCGCAGGGCGUGAACACGACCCUGGAGGAGGCCGCGACAGUCGCCUGGAAGCUCCACAGCGCAGCCGUGGUGCUCGCCUGGGACCUACGCAGGUUGUCCCUCAGCCGGGCCGCCGAGCUGCCUCAGCCAGGCCGCCGAGCUGCCCGUGGGCUGAGCGCCGCAGCGCGGCCGACUCCCUCGCGCCGCACCGCGGCCCAAAUCUGCGUUGCCCGCCGAGCGCUCGGCCCCCUCCCCCCCCCCCUGUCGGGCCAGAGUCGAAGAAGAAAGCGCCAUAG